AUGGUCCCAUCAAGUCCAGGGUUACUGGAAAGAAAACACUGAUACUGGGAGAUUUUAACGCUCAUGUUUGGGCUGAUACUCAGAAGCGACCAAUGGCAACGGAAAAAGAAUGACUGGGUUUUGCAAGGAAUGGGGCAACUAAAAUUAUUAGGAUUUAAUAAACCCACCCAUAUGCGCUCAACUGGAAAUGCCUUUUGUCUAGAUUAUUGUGCUGUUGAUUGAGACUCUACCGAAAUUAUCACGAAUUUUAACACUUACCUCUAA